GCUAGACUCUCGUGUGCGCGCCUCAUGAUCACCGCCAUGUGUGCGAGCCAAACGUUGAGCGUAGGACAAUGAGUGUCUGGGCACAACCGCAGCAGUUGAAGGAAGUCCGCGGGUACGUGAGGGUGGUAGCCGAGGACGCAAUAGAAUGGCGACAUCGUUGUGGCUGGCGAAACGACGUUGUUGUAUGCGAUCUCCAUGUGGAUCUGGCUUCAAGGAAAUUAGCUUCGCUGAAGGUCGAGGAGCCAGCGGAAACAAAGAAAGAGAAACUCAAAGAGGCUCCAAAAGAGGUGACGGAAGAGCUGGUGGCAGAUGAGGACUUUGAAGACUUCCCUAGCGAUGAAGCGCAACAUGUGAACCUUGUGUUUAUUGGCCAUGUUGAUGCUGGAAAAUCAACCAUUGGUGGGCAAAUCUUGUACUUGACCGGGUCAGUGGAUGAGCGGACAAUUCAAAAGUAUGAGAGGGAGGCGAAAGAUAAGAGUCGUGAGAGUUGGUAUAUGGCAUAUAUCAUGGACACAAAUGAGGAAGAGCGUGCGAAGGGAAUCACUGUCGAAGUAGGACGGGCUUAUUUUGAGACAGCGAAGAGAAGAUACACAAUCCUCGAUGCCCCGGGCCACAAGAACUAUGUACCGAAUAUGAUUUCUGGAGCUUCUCAGGCAGAUAUUGGUGUGUUGGUUAUCUCUGCACGAAAAGGAGAGUUUGAGACUGGUUUUGAACGUGGGGGGCAGACCCGGGAGCAUGCACAGUUGGCAAAGACACUGGGCGUGGGAAAGCUUGUGGUCGUGGUUAAUAAGAUGGAUGAGCCUUCGGUUCAAUGGUCAAAGGAACGAUAUGACGAGAUUGAAAAGAAGAUGGGUCCGUUCCUGCGGAGCUGUGGUUACAACACAAAGAAAGAUGUGCAGUAUAUACCAAUCUCUGGGUUGCAAGGAAUUAACAUGAAGACACGUAUGACACCAGAUAUCUGCCCCUGGUGGAAUGGGCAAUCCCUGUUUGAAGUUCUUGAUGGCCUUCAGCUGGUGGAGAGGGAUCCAAAGGGUCCGGUCAGGCUGCCUAUCAUUGACAAAUACAAGGAUAUGGGCACUGUCGUAAUGGGCAAGAUCGAGUCCGGCAACAUUCGGAGAGGCCAAACUCUUAUGGUCAUGCCAAACAAGGCGGUGGUGAAGGUCUUGACCAUAAUCAGGAACAAUGACGAAAUUGAGCGAGCAAGGCCUGGGGAAAACCUGCGAGUUCGACUUUCGAAUAUUGAAGAGGAGGAUAUUUCCCCUGGAUUUAUUCUGUCGAGCAUCAAGCGUCCUAUAAGUGUGGUUAAUGAGUUUGACGCACAGCUACAAAUCCUCGAUCUACUCGAUCACAAGGCUAUCUUCACAGCGGGCUACAAGGCUGUGCUCCACAUUCAUGCCGUUGUUGAAGAGUGUGAAAUCCUCAAGCUGCUCGUGCAGAUUGAUCCUAAGACAAAGAAGAGAAUGAAAAGACCUGUCUUGUUUGUUAAAACGGGUGCAAUUGUGGAAUGUCGAAUCCAGGUUGCACAAGUCAUAUGCGUGGAGUUGUUCAAAGAUUUCCCUCAACUGGGACGGUUUACUCUGCGUGAUGAAGGCAAGACGGUUGCAAUAGGAAAGGUCAUUGGCCUUGAGGGUGCGUCUUCUUCUGCUUGACAUCGGAUGAACAGUUUUUCUGCAGAUGCGAAGAGAGGAAGGCAUUCUUGGCAGGUGCACUUGUGCAAACCGUGAUCGAAGGGAGUUGAUUGUGUAUGGCAUUAGGGCCUCCAGCAUGCUGGAUACUGCUGAAGAAUCGUGUCCCUCACAAGGGACUGCUGUUCCAAGAGCCUGUGAUGAAGAGUCCGUUCACAUCUAGUCGUGGCAAAAGAGGCGACUCCUGUGUGCUGGAGAGUUGUUUGGCUGUCUGUUUGAGGUGUUUUGCAUGACAGUGUGUUCCCUCUGCAGAUGUAAGACGAUGACGCCAAUCGAGGGGUAGUGACGGACGGUUUCUCUAGCCUGUGUUUCACGAUACAAUGCUACCAGGGUAUGUAUCGAGCGAUUUCUGAACUUUGGAGAGGGGUGCUGAAGAGAAAAAGACGAAGCUGUCUUCUUGAGGCGGUUCACAUGUGGCGGCUCUUCUGUGGUACUUCCUCCAAUCGAUGGGUGCUGAAGUCCUUCCUGUAAGAAGGUCGGUCUGAUUUCAGGCAGUUUGGUUUGAUGGAUGUGUUGACAUGAGAGGGAAUAAGGGGUAGCGUGUGUGGCAUGCAAGCAUGGGAGGUGGAUUGGAAGGAUUACUGGUCCAUAGCAGCUCACAUUGUGUUUCCAAUUGGAAAUGAUGCAGAGACGGCUUGUGCGGUGCAUCCUUCCGUGGGCCGGCUUUUAAUAGUUUUUGAUGUCGCACAGCCCAUGGAGUGAGUGGAUGCUGCGGACGUUAUGGAGUGGUAGUCCGCGGAAUGAGAUGGCAGUAAAGAUGCUUCCCUCAUCCAAUUGAUCGGGGUACUUUAUAGGGCUGCGUGCCAUUGAUAUGGACCCGCUUCUGUGUCAUUGAAAGAUGUCUGGAACCAUCAAGCGUUUUUGCCGAAUGAGAUUUUGCCUGCAGGGUAUCCCACACAUUCUCUGGUAAAGAGGUAUUCUUCUGCUUUUCCUCCUGAUCGCGAGAGGACUUUUGAGCAUCAGCAGACUCUCACUAGUCUGAUGGUCCAUUGCUCAUCCGUAAACUCUCUCUCUCUCUAUCUAUCUAUCUAUCUAUCUAUCUCUCCCGCUCUCGCUCUCUCUCCACGAUGGUACCAUCCAACUAGCAUCAUGCAAGCCAUUGUGUGUGUGUGCUUUCAUGGCUGUGUGAGUUAGUAUCGUCCAGUGCGCAUAGUAUGACCCACCGCAGAUGGCACCGCGCAGUGCAUAUCAUACCACCCAUUCCACAUAGCACCACCUGGCAGAGCCGAAGGCCCACAUUGCACUGCGCAGUGCACAUGAUACCGCUCAUUCCACAUAGCACCACCUGGCAGAGCCGAGGGCUGAGUUAUGCCUAUUCUUUGGGUAUGUUUUUUUUUGUCUUUUGUGGCUUGAUCGUGAGUCAGUCCACACAUGUUGAAUGUUCACUGAAGAGAGGCCCAUGGACGUCGUCGUUAUGUGGGUUGUCCUUUUCUUUGUUUGGCCGCAUAGACGGCAGAAGGGGGCCAGGGGGGAGGAGAAGGACAUGACUAAGGACGUGGUAGAGAAUGUGUAGGAGGAGAAGGUGGCAAAGGAAUGGGGGUGAGGAGGCGGCGGCGGCGGCGGCGGACCACGGCGGGCAUUUGCUUUUUGACAUUGUUUGAGACCUUGCUAAGUGUUCGGAGACUCUGCACUGAACGCUUUUUGAGAUUGUUUGAGACCUCAGUGUUGGAACAGAAUGGUUAUCCCCUUAAAAACAUCAGUACAUCCAGGCCUCUUUUGUACAAGGCGGAUUCCCCCCUUGCGAAAAUGCCAGCGUGGCGUUCUUGUUUUUGUUUUGGCUAUAAGUGCCGUCCGUCACUGAGGUUCGGUUGCCCCAAGCCUCAUAAAUGCUAGCCUUGACGCAAUUGUGAUUCUCGAUGUGGCUGGGGCCAUGUGCUGGUGGUUUUAACGGUCACAUAGAAAACUUAAGUCUUUUUUGGAAUCAGCGCUAUUUGGUACCAUUUUACGAUUAACCUUUCAAAUUAUUUUUUCAAUUUUUUUGCCAAUUGAUCCAAGCAUAAGUACCUCCCUGAGAAUCAAACUUGGCUUGGUUU